UUUCUUCCUCGUGUUAUUGUCGUACGCUCGGUAGCAAUGCUUGUCCAACCGGGCUAGCUCUACCCAAUGGAUCCCACUUAAUGAACUUCUCUUACAUUGCACCGCCACCUUUUGCUCCCCUCUGCCUGGGGUUUAUAUUUGUCUUCUUCAAUUAGAGAAAAUUCACAUAAACUUUUACUUGUCGGAGAGAAAAUAAGGUAAAAGGAAAGGAGUAGGAAUGGUUCAUCACGAACUCGAUGCCGGCAAAAAGCCGACAUGGAAUAUCACGGUGGAUAUUCUGUCCUGGGUGUUCUGGUCAAACCUUACGGUCCUGUUUAAUAAAUGGAUCUUAGACUCCACUGAGUUUAGAUAUCCAAUUCUUCUCACAACAUGGCAUCUUAUAUUCGCUACUGUGGUCACUCAAGUUAUGGCGCGGACCACCACGAUGCUCGAAGGCCGCAAAAAUAUCGAGAUGAACAGCCGGUUGUAUGCACGCACAAUGCUGCCCGUUGGCAUAUUGUACAGCGGUAGUCUCGUCUGCAGUAACGUAGUCUACCUCUACCUUAAUAUCUCUUUCAUUCAAAUGCUAAAGGCCGCCGGACCAGUCAUCACUCUCCUCGUUAGCUGGUCAUGGGGAGUCGCAACACCCUCCAUGGAGGUUCUGAUCAACAUCCUAGUCAUCACCUGCAGUGUGGGACUUGCCGUGUCCGGCGAAAUCCAGUUCUCGCUGCUCGGUAUCUUUUUCCAGGUAGCUAGCCUCGUCUGCGAUGCGAACCGGCUUGUCAUGAUGCAGAUUUUGCUCUCGGAUGAAGGCCAAAAGAUGGACCCCCUCGUCACUCUGUACUAUACUGCGCCGAUUUGCGCCGUCAUGAACACCAUAAUCGCCUGGCAUACGGAGCUAGUAUCCUUCCAUUGGAGUGUUGUUCCCAAUACUGGCUACCUCACGUUGCUGUCUAAUGCUGUAGUGGGAUUCAUGCUGAAUGUUUCGAUAUUUGUCCUUAUUGGAAAGACAUCCGGACUGACUACGACGCUAGCCAGCAUUCCGAAGAAUAUUCUGCUUAUCAUAGCCUCUGUCGUAAUCUGGCAUACGCAAAUAAGCACGAUUCAGAUUGUGGGGUACUCCAUUGCACUGCUUGCCUUGAUGUACUACUCACUGGGAUGGAAGACGAUCAAAAGUGGUAUAGAGAGCGUUAAUGCUUGGUGGAAGGAUCCGGGGAGGAGCACAUACUCAGAUAGAGUUUGAUUAUAGAUCCUAGAUAGAAUUAAUGCAUAAUGUGUUUUAGAGACUUGGUUCUCGUUGGGCUGUUGGGGGUGUG